GUGUCUUCUGCGCGUGAAAGUAAAUAUUUUUAAAGUAAUUUGUGAAGCCUUUGUCUUUUAACGCCGGAGGCUGCAGCAACGCAAGUGAAGGAUGGGAAAUAGAGCGAAGCAGAGGAGCAGGACCCGGCGGUGGCAAGUACUCUUUCCCUUCCUGCUGCCUUUGUUCUGCGGGGCUCUCUCGGAGCAGAUCCGCUACUCUAUUCCCGAAGAAAUGGCCAGGGGCUCAGUGGUGGGGAACCUGGCUGAGAACCUGGGGCUGCAUUUUCGCGAUUUAUUGACCCGCAACCUCAGAGUUAGUGCAGAGAAACAAUACUUUACCGUGAACAUGGAGAAUGGGAACAUACUUGUGAGUGACAGAAUUGAUCGGGAGUCGCUUUGUCUACAAAAUCCUCUGUGCAUCGUAUCCUUAGAGAUUGUAGCAGAGAAUCCUCUAAAUGUUUUUCACAUAAACGUCAUGAUAGAAGAUAUAAAUGAUAAUCCACCUCAUUUCCCCCAAAAUAGCAUUGUUUUACAAAUCAAUGAAUUUGCAAUUCCAGGCACUCGGUUUGGCCUGGAAUCUGCUAUAGAUGCAGAUGUAGGGCCUCACUCUGUCCAGAGUUACCAACUCAGCUCUAAUGAGCAUUUCUCUCUGAUGAUGAAGGGCAAGACUGAAGGCAAGAAUGCCCCAGAAUUAGUGUUGAGGAAGCCCCUGGACCGGGAACAACAGAGCUCCCAUCUCCUUGUCCUGACAGCGGUGGACGGGGGCGACCCGGUCCUAACUGGCACUGCUUCAAUUCAAAUAAAGGUCACUGACGCCAACGAUAAUGCCCCGGUGUUCAGCCAGGAUAUGUACAAAGUCAGCCUUAGAGAGAACUUGCCACCAGGCACCUCUGUGCUAAAGGUGACAGCCACCGACCAGGACGAAGGUGUCAAUGCAGAAAUAACCUACUCAUUCAAAUCGCUAGGAGAUGAUAUUGGAAAUAUUUUUAUGCUAGACCGUCAAAACGGGGAAAUUAAAUCCAAAGACUCUAUAGAUUUUGAAAGCAGUAAAAGUUAUACCAUAAACAUAGAAGCCAAGGAUGGUGGAGGCAUGACCAGCGAAUGUAAAAUUAUACUAGAAAUUCUAGAUGAGAAUGACAACAGCCCAGAUGUGGUUUUUACUUCCGUGACCAGUUCUAUAACAGAGGACGCAGAACCUGGAACUGUGAUCGCUCUGUUCAAAACACAUGAUAAAGAUUCAGGAGAAAAUGGGGAGGUCACAUGCGUCAUAAAAGAAAAAGUUCCUUUUAGAAUUGAAUCUUCCUCCAAUAAUUACUACAAGCUUGUAACAGAUGGCGCCCUGGACCGGGAACAGACUGCAGAGUACAAUGUCACCAUCACUGCCACAGACAGGGGCAAACCGCCUCUUUCUUCCAGUACUAGCGUCACCCUACUCAUUGGAGAUGUUAAUGACAACGCUCCGGUUUUCCACCAGGAGUCGUACUUGGUCCAUCUGGCCGAGAACAAUCCUCCUGGAGUCUCCAUCGCUCAAGUCAGUGCGUAUGACCCUGACUUGGGGUCCAAUGGCUGCGUCUUCUACUCGAUUGUGGCCAGCGACCUGGAGACGCGGGAGCUAACGUCUUACGUGUCCGUGAACGGGCAGAGCGGAGUGGUGUUCGCGCAGCGCGCCUUCGACCACGAGCAGCUGCGCGCCUUCGAGCUGACGCUGCAGGCCCGCGACCAGGGCUCGCCCGCGCUCAGCGCCAACGUGAGCCUGCGCGUGCUGGUGGGCGACCGCAACGACAACGCGCCGCGGGUGCUGUACCCAGCUCUGGGGCCAGAUGGCUCAGCGCUCUUCGAUAUGGUGCCUCGCGCAGCGGAGCCCGGCUAUCUGGUCACCAAAGUUGUGGCGGUGGACGCCGACUCAGGACACAACGCCUGGCUGUCCUACCACGUGCUGCAGACCAGCGAGCCUGGGCUCUUCAGCCUGGGGCUGCGCACCGGUGAGGUGCGCACGGCGCGUGCCCUGGGAGACAGGGACUCGACCCGACAGCGCCUGCUGGUCGCUGUGCGUGAUAGUGGACAGCCGCCCCUGUCUGCCACUGCCACGCUGCACCUGGUCUUCGCGGACAGCCUGCAGGGAGUGUUGCCAGACCUCAGUGAUGAUCCUGUGCCCUCUGAUCCCCAGUCUGAGCUGCAGUUUUACUUGGUGGUGGCUUUGGCCUUGAUCUCUGUGCUCUUUCUCCUCGCAGUGAUUCUGGCAAUCGCCCUGCGCCUGCGACGUUCCUCCAGCCCCGCCUCCUGGGAUUGCUUUCAGCCUGGUCUCUGUUCUAAGACUAGACCAGGGGUUUCUCCCAACUACAAUGAAGGAACUUUGCCUUAUUCCUACAAUCUGUACGUUGCUUCUGAUUCUCAAAAUACAAGGUUUAAUUUUCUCACCAUGACGCCAGAAAUGGUUCCUCCACAAGACCUUUCUAAUGAAGCUUCUUUGGUAGUGAGUUUCACUGAAGAGAAUAACAAGAUAAGCUCUGACUCUGUUGCUUCUACUCACGUGAGUUUCAAUGAAUAUGUUUCAUUUGCAAAUAGGGACUGA